CUAUUAAUAAAACAAUUGACUUUAAUUUUAACAAUUUGUUUGCAAUACCACUUAAUCGCGGAAUAUUUUUUUUGCUUUGUAAUACUGCUUAUGUCUAUUUGAUUUACUAAUAACAAUACUAACAUUUUAUAAGCGUGAAAUGUGUAUAAAUCUUGCAGCAACUCAAAAAACAUCAGUACGUUUUUCCCUAUUAAAGAUACAGGUUUGAUAUGGUAUUCUUAAAUCUGGCAAAUCAUCAUAUUAUUAACGAUUUACAGCCGAAUAUUUGUUGUGAAUAUAGUUAGAAAUAAUAGUAAACAAUGCUGGCUGACAAGAAAGUGUUAAGGGAUUUACUACCCCAGGUGGUAGCCACUAUACUUGGUACCCUUAUGGCCACAUCUGACGGUAUGACUUAUGGCUGGACAUCACCAAUGAUACCAUACUUCCUGAGUAACGAGACCCACAUUGUGAUGACUCUAGAUCAAGCCGAAUGGAUGGAAACUAUCAACUUGCUGGGUGCCGCUGCAGGACUACCCUUUACAAUUUUGGGUGUAGACUAUUUGGGAAGAAAAACCUCCAUGAUUAUUUCAGCCAUAUUUGGCUGUAUUUGUUGGAUCCUGUUGUUAGUUUCUACAAAUUUAUAUGUUAUAUAUUUUGCAAGAUUUCUGGCAGGAAUGGCUGGCGAUAUGUGCUUCGUAGCUGCUCCCAUGUACAUCGCAGAAAUAGCUGUCCCGAAGAUCCGUGGAUUUUUAGCGUCACUAAUCUAUCUCCAGAUGUUGUUGGGUAUUGUUAUCAUUUACACUACCGGAUCACUAUUACCGUAUUAUGUACCACCUAUUAUCGGUAUAGUACUAACAUCAUGCCAGUUCAUUCUAUUUCCUUUUAUGCCCGAAUCACCGUACUAUUACGUUUACAAAAAUAAAGAAGAGAAAGCAAAAACCGCUCUGCUCCGCUUAAGAUCUGAUCCGGAUAUAGACAAAGAAAUAACAGAGAUUAAACAGGCUGUAGAAAGACAGAAAACCGAAAAAGGCAGACCGCAAGAUUUAAUUUUAAUCCGUAGUAAUAGAAUAGCUCUGUUUAUUAUGUUUAUCCUUAACGGAUCUCAACAUUUUAUUGGCAUAAGUGUAAUUUUAAUGAAUCUCCAUGUAAUCCUGAACGAAGCCGGAUCGAUUUACAUUGAACCAGCUUCAGCAGCUAUAAUUUUUUCCGUUAUUAUGCUUGUUAGUGCCGGAAUUGCAUCACUGAUAAUGGAUAAGUUUGGAAGAAAAUUUUUAUUAGUUAUAUCAGAGUCCUUAACAGGCGUUGCUUUACUGGUAAUGACGAUAUAUUUCCAUUUAAAGCAUUUGGAAUUUGAUGUAAUUAAUGUUAGUUGGAUUCCAGCUGCUUGUGUUAUGUUUUACGCUGCUACCUUCAAAAUAGGUUUAGGUUUGGUACCUAUAGUUGUAACAGCUGAAAUUUUUCCUACAACAAUAAAAGCAAUAGGAAUGACUAUAGCUGAUUGCGUAUAUGUGGUGGCAGCUGUUAUAUCCAUAAAUAUAUAUUCCGUUAUGUUUAAAAGUUUUGGAAUAUAUGCUCCAUUUUAUCUUUUUACAAGUUGCAGCUUUCUUAUGGUAAUAUUUACGAUAUUUUGGAUACCGGAAACGAAAGGUAAAACAUUGGACGAAAUACAACUCAUGUUGAAAGGAGAAAAAGCUACAGAUAGAAAAAUUAGUAAUAGCAUACAUAUAUAAUCUGCUAAACUUUGUAUUAUUCAAAAUGUUCUAAAUUUUUUAUGGAUGUACUACGAAAAUAUAAAUUUUGAAAUUUGUUUCAGUCAACGAUAGCGUGUAGUUCUACCGUAUUUUUGUUAUAAAAUACGAUCUAAAAGCAUUCUUUUAUAAAACAUGAUUUAUAUGAUACAGAGAACUAUUAUAGUAAGAGUAGGAAUAUAAUAGAAGGAAACUAUGGUAGUGUUUAAUUGAGUCCACUUAUAAUAAGACUGUUUUAUUCUCCCAAAUCUAAAUUUUCCAAUAUUUCUGUUAAAUAAUUUCGAUAUGUAUUGAUCUGCGGGAUGAAAUACUCAGAUCUUAUUGUUUACUGAUUCUUUAUUCAUAUAGUGACUGAAUGUUUCCAACUUAAUAUUCUGUGUAAAUAAAUAUUUGAAUUUUUUUACACAAAAUUGUAACAGUUAAAUCAAAAAUCAAAUUAUAAUAUAUUAAUUUAUUAUUGUUUCACAACUACCGUAUUUCUGUGGUAGGAUUCACUUUGUGUAUAAGACAUUUUGAUUGAAAUA